UUUUAGAUCGGUCCAAGGAAUUGAGGUUGAUCUUUGUAUGGAGGGAAGUUGCGCAUAUUUUUUUUCUGCUGGGCUUAACCUGCCCAAGGGCGACCGUCCGCGACCGUCCCUCUGUCUGUCUGUUUAUCUAUUGAUUGAGGUUGAACACUAUUGCUGCCGAACCGGACACAACAUCAUCAUCAUCAUCAUCGUGGGCCCGCCGAUUGCCAAAAUUGGAACACCGGGUCCCAUCGAAAGGUCGUCGAUCUAAAUUUCGCCAUCUCACUCGUGCUAUAAUGACCCGUGAGUGACUCUAUCGUGGUCUGGUGUUUAGCAUCUAGCAUCGUAAUCAUCCUGGAUUCCUCGGCGGGCGCCUUCUGUCAGUUUGGUCAUGGAGGGCACACCUCCACUUAAUCCCGUACCCGCUGCCGCUGUAGCUUUGGAGGCUGGGGUGACCCCGACAUUGGCCCCUUUGGCGCCCAAUAACCCGACGCCAACCCCGGCCCUGGUCUUAAACUCGGCCGUGUUGGCGGGUCCCCUGACGACGGGCGCCUUGGCCUCUGGGACGUCAGUGGGUCACGGCGGAAUAACAGCUGGAGCGGGUGGGACCGGCAGUGCUUCGCGUUCCACUCGAUUCAUGAUGGAAGGCGUGGGCGCCCGGGUGAUUCGGGGCGUGGACUGGAAAUGGGGCAAACAGGAUGGUGGUGAAGGUCACGUGGGGACAGUGCGAAACUUUGAAUCUCCCGAAGAAGUGGUGGUGGUUUGGGAUAAUGGGACAGCGGCCAACUAUCGUUGCUCAGGUGCCUUCGACUUACGGAUCUUGGACUCGGCUCCCACGGGAAUCAAACAUGACGGCUCCAUGUGUGACACCUGCCGACAACAGCCCAUCUUCGGCAUUCGUUGGAAGUGCGCCGAAUGCUCCAACUAUGACCUCUGCAGCUCUUGUUAUCACGGCGACAAGCAUCAUCUUCGACAUCGGUUCUUCCGCAUCACCUCCAUUGGGACUGAAAGGGUAUUACUCGAACCCCGACGCAAGUCGAAGAAAAUCCCAAUUCGAGGCAUAUAUCCCGGAGCUCGCGUGAUCCGAGGCGUAGAUUGGCAAUGGGAGGAUCAAGAUGGAGGAAAUGGCCGCCGUGGCAAGGUCACUGAGGUUCAAGAUUGGUCGGCCUCCAGCCCCAAAUCUGCGGCUUAUGUGAUUUGGGACACUGGGGCCAAGAAUUUAUAUCGCGUGGGAUUUGAGGGUCAGGCCGACUUGAAGGCGGUUUCUGAUGCCAAAGGAGGGACUGUAUACAAAGAUCAUUUGCCGCUUUUGGGAGAAAGCGGACCGGGCCGAUCGGGUCCGCAUGGACUUCAGGUCGGCGACCAAGUGAAUAUAGACCUAGAGCUGGAAAUCGUUCAACACUUGCAGCACGGACAUGGAGGGUGGACUGACGGAAUGUAUGAAUGUUUGGGACAAACUGGAACCGUGGCUGGAAUCGACGAGGAUCAUGAUAUCGUCGUAUCCUAUACAUCUGGAAAUCGCUGGACUUUCAACCCCGCCGUUCUUACUAAGGUCGCUGGUCCCCCAUUGGCACCUUUGGCCUCAAAUCUUGCCGCCUCGUUCUCAACCCCUUUCUCAGCCUCGGGGUCGGUGGACGAACGAGGAGCGGGAGGAGGCGGGGGAGGUCAGCAGCAUUUCUCCGUGGGCGACCUCGUCCAAAUCUGCUCUGAUGUCGAGCGAAUGAAGGUUCUUCAACGAGGUCACGGCGAAUGGGCCGAGGCCAUGGCUCCCACUCUGGGCAUGAUUGGUCGCGUACAACAGAUUUAUCACGAUAAUGACCUCAAGGUAGAGGUGUGUGGCACCUCCUGGACUUAUAACCCAGCCGCCGUGGCCAAAGUGGCCAAUGAUGGGUCCAUUCCCGGAGCCUCGAGUGGAGAUCGGCUCUCUGCUCUCCUGAAGAAGCUCUUUGAGACCCACGUGUCUGGUGACGUGACCGAGGAGCUGGUUAAGGCUGCGGCCAACGGGGAUGCGCAAAAGAUGGAGGAAUUACUUGGAAGAGAGGAAUGCAAUGUUAAUGGGGUCUUUGCUGGACACACUGCUUUGCAGGCAGCCUCUCAAAAUGGACACGCUGAGGUGAUUCGAAUUCUCAUCCGCCAUAAAGCCGAACUUGAGAUUGAAGACAAAGACGGCGACCGAGCCGUUCAUCAUGCGGCCUUUGGUGAUGAGGCCACGAUUAUGGAGCUAUUGACCCAUGCUGGAGCGGAUUUGAACGCCCGAAACAAGCGACGACAAACGGCCUUGCACAUUGCCGUGAAUAAAGGACAUGUGGGUGUGGUGAAGACCUUAUUGGAUUUGCAAUGCCAUCCUUCCCUGCAGGACUCCGAGGGAGAUACACCGCUGCAUGAUGCCAUUUCUAAGAAGAGAGAUGAUAUGUUGGCUCUUCUUUUGGAAAAGAAUGCCGAUAUCUUGGUCACUAAUAACAAUGGCUUCAAUACACUUCAUCACGCAGCCCUGCGAGGAAACCCAAGUGCUAUGCGAGUGCUCUUAUCCAAGUUGCCCCGUCCGUGGAUCGUGGAUGAGAAGAAGGACGACGGUUACACGGCUUUACACCUGGCUUCGCUCAAUAACCACGUGGAAGUGGCCGAGCUCUUGGUCCAUAUGGGGCGAGCUAACAUGGACCUUCAGAAUGUGAACCUUCAAACGGCCUUGCACUUGGCAGUGGAACGACAACACACCCAGAUUGUUCGACUUCUGGUCAGGGAAGGUUGCAAUCUGAAUAUCACGGACAAGGAUGGAGAUACGCCCCUUCAUGAGGCUCUUCGACAUCAUACCUUAUCUCAGCUCAGGCAACUUCAAGACAUGCAAGAUGUGGGCAAGUUGCUGAUAUGUUUGGGAAGUCAAGGUGCAGAUAAGAAAUCCUCGGCCUCCAUUGCAUGUUUCUUAGCUGCCAAUGGAGCGGAUCUGGGCGUGAAGAACAAGAAGAACCAGACUCCAUUGGAUCUUUGCCCGGACCCGAAUCUGUGCAAGGCCUUGAGCAAAUGUCAGAAAGAGAACGCUCCCAGCAACCAAAUGGCCGGAUUAAUCCGAGGUGAUGGCAUGACCGAGACGUCUCCGGAUGAGCAGGCCAAUUUAGACGAGUGCUUGGUGUGUUCUGAUCAGAAACGAGAUAUUCUUUUUGUUCCAUGCGGUCAUAUCACCGUGUGCCACACUUGUUCCCAACGGGUCAAGAAAUGUUUACUUUGUCGAGAAUUCGUGGAUGACCGCCGGAAGAUUGAGGAUUGUUUGGUUUGCUCAGAGGCUUCGGCAAACAUCUUGUUCAAACCGUGUAACCAUAUGGUAUCGUGCGAGAAUUGCGCCUCGAUCAUGAAGAAAUGUGUGGAAUGCCGAUCGCCCAUCGAGGAUUGUGUGCCCUUUGACGUUUGCUGCGGUGGAAAAAUUGCUAACCAAGAGGUGAAGCAAUCGAACCUUAAGGAUUCGGAAGUUUCUCCAGGGGCCGCUUUGCCUCCAGGCGCAGUUGCAGGAAGAGUCGCCUCAUCUGCGGCUGUGGCCACAGCCGCACCUGCCGCUCUUGGUUUGAGUGAGGCCACGGGCAUUACCCCUUCAGGAGGUGCUUCAUCAGUGAAUCCUGGGAACCCUGAAGGUUCCAAUACCAAUGUUCAAAAGCUCCAAGAACAGUUGAAUGAUAUCAAGGAACAGACUAUGUGCCCGGUUUGUUUGGAUCGUUUGAAGAACAUGAUCUUCCUCUGUGGUCAUGGUACUUGUCAAAUGUGUGGAGAUCGAAUGUCGGAAUGCCCAAUUUGUCGAAAGACCGUGGAAAGACGAAUCCUGCUCUAUUGAAGCCAUUUCGUUAUAGGUGGAUCUAGAAGUAUAUACCUAUAUUCCCAAGUGCUAUCGAGCAUAUAAGGCAUUUCGAGGUUCUUCUAAUUCGAUUCUGGUAUUAAAGUGCAUGAUGUUCGA